AACACUCUUCCAGUAGUCCAUUUUGUACUAGGAAUAUGUAUGACCUUUGACUAGUCAGUUGCUCCUAGAUGGUUGGUAGGUGGGAGCAAGUUAUUUUAGCUAUUUGUCUAAAAUGAUCAUUACAUUUAUGCUGUGUUGUUUUCCAACCCUGUAUUAUGAAGCAUGUGAUUGAUAAUGUGUAUCUGGUUGAAAAUGAGUUUUAUCAGCAAGAGGAGGUCAGGUUCCAGGUAGCCAAUUAGCUUUCUCAUUGUCUCUUUCAUUCAAAAAUCAUAAACACAUUUACUAAGUAAUCCUAGCCAGAAUAUAUUUAAGCAUUUGUAUAUUUCAGACUCCGUGCUUGGUGCUUCUUUUCUCAUAACUCUUCAGGAAUUUUACAAAGAGUAAACUGAGAUUUAGAGAGAUUAAAUAAUUUUUUUCUGAUCACAAAAGUGGGAUAUGCCAGGGCCGGUUUCCAACAUACACACCUGCUCAGUUACACAGUUGCUCUUGGAACUCUAUCCCAGGUCUCACAAAGGAAAGCCCUAUGUUAAGGUGAAGCCUGUCCAGAGUUCUUAAGCUUUCAUCAUACCAAGGAAUGCUGGGAACACAGUCAUGGAAGAGCUAAGUUUCCUCCAAUGCACUGGGGAGGUGAACUAUUCAUUCACUCCCUAUCCAUUCAAGAAGAAGCCCUAUCUUAGGCCAAAUCCUUUGCUGGUUACUUAAGACAGAAAGAUGAACAAGGCAAACUUCCUCUUCCUUAAAAAGCCAUAUCUAAAAGGGGAAAUAGCUAUGUCAGCCAAUCAUUACAAAAUAUGAGCUAACUUAGGGAAAUCAGCAAAGCUAUACAAGUAGCAGAGUAACAAGGCAAGACCCAAGAGACAAAGUGUCAGCCUUCUGAAGGACAGAAUGACCAGCUAGGGAAGGUGGUGGUGGUGAGAAGAAAGGACAGCACUGACAUGAGAAUGAUUGAAGAUAGUGGGAAAAGAGGAAAUACCAUGGCAGAAAGAAGACAGCUGUUUGCAGAGAUGAGGGCCCAAGAUCUGGAUAGCAUCCGACUCUCCACCUACAGAACAGCAUGCAAGCUGAGAUUUGUGCAGAAGAAAUGCAAUUUGCACCUGGUGGACAUUUGGAAUGUCAUAGAAGCAUUGCGGGAAAAUGCUCUGAACAACCUGGACCCAAACAUAGAACUCAAUGUGGCCCGCUUGGAGGCUGUGCUCUCCACCAUUUUUUACCAGCUCAACAAACGGAUGCCAACCACUCACCAAAUCCAUGUGGAGCAGUCCAUCAGCCUUCUGUUAAACUUCCUGCUUGCAGCCUUUGACCCGGAAGGCCAUGGUAAAAUUUCAGUAUUUGCUGUCAAAAUGGCUUUAGCCACCCUGUGUGGAGGGAAGAUCAUGGACAAAUUAAGAUAUAUUUUCUCAAUGAUUUCUGAUUCCAGUGGAGUGAUGGUUUAUGGGCGGUAUGACCAAUUCCUUCGGGAAGUUCUCAAACUACCCACAGCCGUUUUUGAAGGCCCUUCAUUUGGUUACACAGAACAGUCAGCUAGAUCCUGUUUCUCCCAACAGAAGAAAGUCAUGUUAAAUGGUUUCUUGGACACACUCAUGUCAGAUCCUCCUCCACAGUGUCUGGUCUGGUUGCCUCUCCUGCAUCGACUGGCAAAUGUAGAAAAUGUCUUCCAUCCAGUUGAGUGUUCCUACUGUCACAGUGAGAGUAUGAUGGGAUUUCGCUACCGAUGCCAACAGUGUCACAACUACCAGCUCUGUCAGGACUGCUUCUGGAGGGGGCAUGCUGGAGGUUCCCAUAGCAACCAGCACCAGAUGAAAGAGUACACAUCAUGGAAAUCACCUGCAAAGAAGCUAACGAAUGCGCUAAGCAAGUCCCUGAGCUGUGCUUCCAGCCGCGAGCCUUUGCACCCCAUGUUCCCCGAUCAGCCUGAGAAGCCACUCAACUUGGCUCACAUCGUGCCUCCCAGACCUGUAACUAGCAUGAAUGAUGCGCUGUUCUCCCACUCUGUUCCCUCCUCAGGAAGUCCUUUUAUAACCAGGAGGUUACCUGAGGUGAGAAGUGCAUCCAGCCCCAUAGCUGAGGAGCAUUUGUUCAUAAAGCUGUGUAUAAAUCAGCUUGACCAUGGUACAUGCUCUCCUCCCAAGGACAGUGAAGUAGAGCAGAACAAAAUGCUGGCUAGGGCUGCUCCAGCUUUUCUGAAGGGCAAAGGGAUACAGUACAGCCUGAAUGUGGCAGACAGGCUAGCUGAUGAACACGUUCUCAUCGGGUUGUAUGUGAACAUGCUGCGGAACAACCCCUCAUGCAUGCUUGAGAGUUCAAACCGGCUGGAUGAGGAACACAGGCUGAUCGCGAGGUAUGCAGCAAGACUGGCAGCAGAAUCCUCCUCAUCUCAGCCAACUCAGCAGAGAAGUGCUCCUGACAUCUCCUUCACCAUCGAUGCAAAUAAGCAACAAAGGCAGCUGAUUGCAGAACUAGAAAACAAGAACAGAGAAAUCUUACAGGAGAUCCAGAGGCUGCGGCUAGAGCAUGAACAAGCUUCUCAACCCACACCAGAGAAGGCACAGCAGAACCCCACCCUGCUGGCAGAACUCCGGCUCCUCAGACAGCGCAAAGAUGAGCUGGAACAGAGAAUGUCUGCUCUCCAGGAGAGCCGGAGAGAGCUAAUGGUCCAGUUAGAAGGUCUCAUGAAGCUACUAAAGGAAGAAGAACUGAAGCAGGGAACCCAGGGAGCAGGCUCUCCCCGCUCCUCCCCCAGCCACACCAUCAGCAGGCCCAUCCCCAUGCCCAUCCGCUCCGCGUCAGCCUGCUCCACGCCUACGCACACGCCUCAGGACUCUCUCACCGGGGUAGGGGGAGAUGUGCAAGAGGCGUUUGCACAAAGUUCUAGAAGAAAUUUAAGAAAUGACUUGUUAGUGGCUGCAGAUUCCAUCACUAACACUAUGUCCUCUCUGGUGAAAGAGCUAAAUUCAGAGGUGGGGAGCGAAACAGAGAGUAAUGUGGAUUCUGAAUUUUCACGGACUCAAUUUGAGGAUCUGGUACCAUCACCAACCUCUGAAAAGGCUUUUCUAGCACAAAUCCAUGCCCGAAAACCUGGAUACAUUCACGGUGGAGCUACAAGCACUGUGCAAAGUGACAUAGUUACAGAAGAUGGUGAUCCCUAUGUGCGGCCUGAGGAUGAGAACUAUGAGAACGAGUCUGUCCGGCAGCUGGAGAACGAGCUCAAGAUGGAGGAGUACCUGAAACAGAAGCUGCAGGACGAGGCCUAUCAGGUCAGCUUGCAAGGUUGAAUGCAAUAUCCUUUUAUCACUCUCCUCUCAAGCAAGCUAUAGUCAGACAGAUGGUGACAGUAACAUGAAAGCUGGUGGUGAUGGAGAGCACUGUACCCACUCAAAGGAGGAAGACAACAGCCUGGCAGCAGCCUCGCCCUCGCCGGAGAGAGGAGCCACUCCACCCUGCAGCUCCCAACAAACCCCCACCCCUAAAAAGAUGUGUUCUGAUGCCUGUAGUGCAGCUAACUUUUGUCCUAAGAUUUGUAGUUCCUAAGUAUGUGUUUUAGGAGGGAGGGGGAAGAAAACAAGACUUAUGUUUCAAGCUGAUUUAUCAGCUCCAUCUUCUGUAACAUGCUCAUCCCUGGUUGAAAACAAACACAGGCUGAGAACCCACAGUGCUGUUGUCCAUACUGGCAGUAUUGACAAGCAUUUUAAACCUUUGCACAUGGUGUCGAACCUUUCAGUUUACAAUGACAAUAUUAAUACUGUUUAUAGCUAGAAGUUUGAUUUCUGGAUUCUUUGAGAUUUUAGCAAAACAGUUUAUUACACACUGUACAUUUUUUUCCACAGCAAUUGGAAAAAAACAGCCACCCUGAAGGAUGUGGCUCCUGAGUGUACAGACUCAGAGCCCAGAAGCCAAGAAGGGUUUUUGACUUGGUUGACUCCAAGUCUCUGUGAGCAACAACCAAACCCUAGGAAUAAUUCAUUCUGUGGGGCUUCUUUCCAUCUUGAGGUUGUUUUCUUUCAAGACACUCUAAUGAGUCAGCCAUAGAGGUUAAUGUAAAUAUUUUUUUCCAAAAAGGUAUCAUUCAAAAAAAAAAAGACAACAUUCAAAUUAUAUAGAAUCUAGUUUUUAAAAUCAGCACAGAUCUUCUUAAAAACUGUGAACUAUGUUUUGAAAUACUCGUUACUAAAGCUGUUUAUAAACCACAGGUGCCAUAAAAUCCCCAAAUGGACUAGUUAUCUAUGCUCUUCCAUGGUCUUAUUCCUCUUGUUUUAGCUUUAGGAAGCAUGUCUUUCACAGCACCGCUCAUUCACAAGUUCCCCCAUCGGGUGGUUUGGAGACCUUCAGCUUUACACGUACAGGCUUAAAGUGCGCUUGCAAACGUUCGCUCUCAUUGUAUUUCUGAAUGUUUAUUGCCUUAGCUGGCCACCUGGUGUUCUGCAUGCAGCAUUGUGUGGUCUGUGAAAGGAGACAGGCUCUUCUACGUUGAGUUGGGAUUUUGCACUCAGUGAGAAGCUGAAGUGCAAAGGAACUGUCAAAGACAGGAAGAUAAAAGUCCCAGUGGAUGGCCCUCUUUAAUAGGACCUAAAGACCUCCCUUGGGGGAUCCUGGGGAAAAUGGAAAUGUAAUCAUUUCUUUUUCAAGACUUGAUGUGAAGAAAAGCCUGCAAUAUACUGGAUAUAUUAUACUUAAAUUAGCAACUUCUUUGGAAUUCCUGCUUUUCCUUUAAACGAAAGAAGAGCAUCCAUUGUAGAACAGUGUGGUUCUCAAAAUGUGGUCCCCAGAUGAGCAGCAUCAGCAUCACCUGGGAAUGUCUUAGAAGUACAGAUUUCAAGGCUCCACCCCAGUCCUACUGAAUCAGACUCUGGGGUUUAGGCCUGCCAUCUGUGCUUUAAUCAGUCCUCCUGAUGAUUCUGAUGCACACUAAAUGUUGAAAACUACUGCUCUGGAAUAGACAUACAAUAAAGUCUCUGAGAAAGCCUUACUCAGAAUAAGUAAGUAAGGUUCUGAGACAACUUUAAAGUUUGGCAACUCAAGUUUGCUCCUGAGGCUGGCAAACCCCUCUCCCUUUGCACCUACCUAGUCUGUAGUUGGUAGGUGGCAGCUGGAAACACACAUUCUGACAUCUUCAGGCUCCCUCUUCAGAGGGCCAUCAGAUGUGUGUGCCUCUGCAUUUGGUUAAAAACCAUCCCCUUGGCUGCCCUUUGUAACAAAAUCACCUACCCUGGGGAUAGUAAGGUGCUUGAUUGGCAUCAGGAAGGACCCCAUGCCAUCCCCAGAUAUAUUUAAUCGUAAUUCCUUCCAGAGAACCCGCCUAACAAAAGUCCCUGAGCACAGGCUAGCACCAAAGUGGCACAAACUGCCCAGUUCUCUGAUUUCUUUGCACAGGUGGAUUUUAUUGCGGGUUUUGUUGGUUUGUCUUAAUGUUCAUCUCUCUUCCACUGCCCAUCCUCUGUGAAACCAUACCUCUCUAGAUGGAGCAGGUGGCCAUUGGUGCCUCACACUCAAUACUGAAAACCACUACAUCCCAGCUACCUGCAUUACUGUCAUCUCAAAAUCUCAGCCAGGUAGUUCUUGAACUCAGUACUCAGACCCUGCAAGUGGCCUUCAGCCACUGACUGGACUGAGCUGACCUAGGUUGUCUCUUUGUCUUUCUACAUCCAAAUAUGUGUCUAAGAUUUAAACUGUUCUGCUGAAAACCAUCUCCCUUCUCAAAGCUUUCAUUGCCAACCAACUCCAUCACAUGAUUGUUGUCAUCAUGCAAAGCCAUUGCAAGGACUCUGGAAACUACCACCAGUGACCAAUUUCUGACUAACCAGCCACCUUUUCUUUCUCUUAGCUCCACGUCAGCACUGAGACCAGACUCAAGCACCCCUGUCCUGUACCCGAGACAAAAUGGCGUGUGUUGUUUUGGGUUUUCGUGGUUUUGGGUGGGUUUCUUUCCUUGGCUCUCCAAAUUUACUUUUGGGGACUAUUCUAAGUACCCAGCAGGUUUUGUCUGUCUUGUCCACUAUAUACAACUAUAUCUUAUGGGAGUUGUUUCUUUCUUGUUUCACAAUGAAUUGCACAUCCGUCUCCAUCAAAGCUAUUAAUGAGCACUGGUCUAACGCAGCUAACCCUCCCCCAUAGCGCCAUGUUUGUGGAGGAGGGUGAAAUCUACUGUAUAGGAUUCAGGAAUCAGUUGUGGUUUGUCAGAACGGAAGUCGGGGUAAGUUUGGUUGGUCAGAGGGAGAUGUGCUGGAGAUGUGAAAAUGGGUCACCAGACGAUCUACUAUAAGCCAGGGAAGGUUCAUUUGUAAGUAGUAAUGUGAACUGAAUUGCAUUAAGAGUGUGGCCUUUGUUGUGAUAUACUAUGUAUUUUCUUAUAUGCAUGAGCCAAAAUGUUGCAACAUAAUUUAGCACUGAUGUCUGCUUUUAUUUUGACCAUCUUCGUCUACCCUUAUUAGUUCUUGGCUGUUAACUGUAGAUAGAGCUUGUAAAUACAGCAACAUUUGGUUGCUGCAUUCACUUUGGUUUGAUUCCAAUGCAAGGAGCCACAAAAAAAAAAAAAAAGAAGAAGAAGAACUCCACUGUGUCCUCAGUAGAAAGGGCAUUUUUACUUUUGAACCAAAAAGAAAAAAAAUCAGAAGCAUUACAUGUUGAGGCUAAUUAAUCAGACUUUUUAAUUAUGACUACUGUAAUUUGACACCAUUUAAAAUAACCCAAUUCAGAAACACUAAAGAUUUCAUAAUAUUCAUUGGUAUUGUAACAGAACUAUUGUAUGGGAUUUUUUCUUUGUAUUGCUGUUAAGUAUUGUUUGUGUGUGUGUGUGUGUGUGUGUGUGUGUGUGUGUGAGUGUGUGUGUUGAAACCUUCUGGGGACAUGUUAUAUUUUGAAGUGAUUAAACUAUUUAAUUGUGUGUCUAUAUUUUGGAAUGGAAUUAUUUCUUCAUUAAAAAUGUUUUUAAAAACA